ACAAGUCCCACAGAAACUUCAGAGGGGCAAAGUCCACGCUGAGUUAGAGGGAGACAGGGGGAAGUUAAUGUGUGAGAGCGUGCUGGGAACCAAAUCACAUGUCAUUUUAAAGAAAUGCUCCAAAGAUGGCGGUGGUAAUCGAGACGGGAGUUUCAGGUGCCUCCGGAGUGCAAAAAAGUGGAUUUGUGGAGGUUUUGGUGCGGGAGCGGUGGCACAAAGUUUUGGUCAACUUAAACGAGGAAGCGCUUACGUUAAGCUGCGAGGAGGGCUGCGUAAACGACAACGGGGACGACAAUGUCAACUCCAACGGGGUUACCAACGGAUCCUACCUGGACAACAAUAACACCAACUCCAACAACGGCCCCCAAACUGUGCGCACCGCGUUCACGGACCUGCCGGAGCGAGUGCCCGAGGCGAUCGCCAACAGAAAGCGGUGCGUCAAGCUGACCAAGCAGGAGAUAGGGGGACUGGGGAUCAGCAUCAAGGGCGGGAAGGAGAAUAAAAUGCCCAUUCUCAUCAGUAAGAUAUUCAAAGGGCUCGCAGCUGAUCAGACCCAGGCUCUGUACGUGGGGGACGCCAUCCUGUCCGUGAACGGCAUGAAUCUGCGGGACGCGACCCACGACGAGGCUGUGCAGGCGCUGAAACGGGCCGGGAGAGAGGUGACACUGGAAGUGAAGUACAUGCGUGAGGCCACGCCGUACGUCAAAAAGGGCUCCCCUGUGUCGGAGAUCGGCUGGGAAACCCCCCCUCCUGAGUCUCCUCGCCUCGGCAGCCACUCCCUCACCUCCUGCUCCCCCUUCGACCCCCCAAGCUCUCCCACCCAGCCUUCACUGUCCCUGCAGGGCGACAGGAGGUGCAUACCACUCAGGAUGUGUUGUGUAACCCGAGCCAUGACCACACCUGACCCAGAGAACAGACAGCUGGAGCUGCACUCCCCUGACGCCCGGCACACAGUGGUGCUGCGCUGCCCCGACCAACCCUCGGCCCUGAGCUGGUUCUCCGCCAUGCACUCUGUCACCUCCACUCUGUCACAGCGGGCGCUGGCAGAGGUCAUCCAGAAAACAGCCAGGACCGGGGUGGCUGGCAGCCGAGAGAUACGACACCUGGGCUGGCUGGCAGGGAAGACGGAAAGCGAGAAGCAGAGCUGGAAGCCGGUGCUGGUGGUGGUGACAGAGAAAGACCUGCUGCUGUACGAGAGCUUACCGCAAGGCAAGGAGGCCUGGCAGAGCCCUGCUCACACCUACCCACUGUUAGCAACACGUUUGGUCCACUCUGGUCCUGACCGGGGGUCGCCGCACUCUGGCACCGAGUUGUUCUUCGCCACUCGGACUGGCACACGGCUCGGUAUCGAGACUCACCUGUUCCGGGCCGAGACCACCAAGGAUCUGUCCCUGUGGACCAGACAAAUAGUCAACGGAUGUCACGCCUCAGCCGAGAUGAUCAAAGAGGUCACGACAAGUUGUCUGUACCAGAGUCAGGAGUGCCGGCUGGUGAUUCACUACGAGCAGGGCUUCUCUGUGCUGGCUGACCCCUCACUGGGGGAGGGGGGGGACGGGGAGGAGAGAGGAGCCCACACACCUACCAGGCCCCGGGUGCUCCUCUCCUACCCCUACGAGAAACUAAAAAUGUCUUCAGAUGAUGGAGUUCGCUUGCUCUUUCUUGACUUUGGAGGAAAGGAGGGAGCGAUACAGCUGGAUCUCCACUCAUGUCCGAAGCCGAUGGUCUUCAUCCUCCACUCCUUCCUCUCUGCUAAGAUCUCCCGCCUGGGUCUGGUGGCCUGACCCCUCUGAAGGGACAUCUCCUAGGAAAACAGAAAUCUACCUUGUUUCUCCACCUCUCUGCAGCCUGCAUGCAGUUGAUCACCACAUCAAACUCCUUCAGUCGGGGACCCAAGCUGAAUGAAUGUAACUUCUAUCUGGAAAUGUAACUUUAUUUUGGAGUCCAUGUCAAUGAAACACUGGAGAAACCAAUCGAGGAUUUUUGGAGGGAAUUGGACAGAUUUCUUUUGGGGGGAAACCCCUUCCUUUAAGGGCUGCAUGGACUGGAGUGAUGACUGAAGAACCACAGAAGAAGACAUGGACUGAACUAGAAUCAAAGGGAUGAUAUAUACAGACAUUGGGCAUUACUGUCACGUGCAUCAUUGGAAGGACUGGACACGUGCAACAUGGUUGAGAUUAAUUCACUUUUAAUUCAAUCAAAAUAUAAUAUCAAACUGCCUUCCAUUAACCAAUUAUAUAAUGUAUUCACCAUUAGCUCUGAAAGCACAUUAUGAAUUUCAUUAGAUCAUUUUUCUUAGCCAAACAUUUGACACACUGGAAAAACUUCAUGCAUUUGUCUUUGUUAGUGUCCCCUGAAAUGUCUUGUUAGCUGUGUCAGCAUUCAUCUUUGGAACUGGCGGGCACAGUCUCCCACACAGUCUCCCACAAUGUGACAGCUGACUCAAAUUCAAAAUGUCACAUUAUUCUGUUAACAGGUUGCAGGAGGUCAUAUAGUUUGAUCUGAUGGUGGUCUGAAGUCAGUUCUAAUGUAUUCAAUUAAUAAAAAGGAAGAUAAUUGGCUAUAGUUAAGAUUAAAUAUAAUAUAUGCAAGCAUUGAGAUCUUUGGCAAACACAUUUAAAACCGACAAUUUAAAGCAAUACUUUGAUCUUUUAGGGAAAUACACUUUUUCACUUUCUCGCAGAGAGUCAGAUGAGAUACAGCCAGUAGCCGAUUAGCUUUGAUUGAAGGCACAGGAUUGAGAGGAUGAGUAGGAUUUGUCAUUUGCGGUUUGUAAACAUUCAAAUUGGCCCUCCUGUCGGGCUCAAAGGGAUGUUGCUGCUUGCCAGAGGCUAAAAAAAAAAACAGAUUCUCUCUUGUUUUAGAACCAGCUUAGUCAGCUUGGCAUUUCACCAAUAAAACAAAAUAAGAAAUAGAAGCAGAGGGCAAAGUCAUGGCGACACCAACACCACCAAACAGUUUUAGUAGGUCAUAAUCGAUGAUUGAGUGGGAUUAUUUGUGUAUUAAUCUAUAUAUUGUUUUUAAGUAAAACUAUUCUCAAUAUGCCUUGAGUGGUAACAGAGGAAAACAGAUAGCUGGGUAAUUAGUGAGCUUUAGAGGUGCUGGUGGGUGGUUAUGUUACCUUUGGAUACUACUGUAGGUUAACUUAUAACCUUAUAUCUAACAGACACAUUUGAAAGUAGUUUAUUCUCAUCUAACUCUGCAAAUAAAUAUAUUUCCCAAAAUGUUGAUCUGUUCCUCAUAGGGUCUGCCGUCUGAUCAGACAUGAUAAUGCUGUUCACUCCUUCCUCCCUCAUUUUACAGUGAUAUGUUUAUGAUUGUUAACUUGAGUUACCAACUGAUAUCAUCUAAUUGUCUACGCAGAACUGAUCUUAUUUGCCUGUUAACUGAGAAACUGCAGGCAUGUGCUUCCCCCAAGCAAACAUCUGCCAUCAUACAAAAAAUGUAUACUCAAUCAAACUGUGCCCCUUAUGCCCCUUAUCAGAUCAAGUGUUAUUUGUUUUUUUGUAGCAAGGUGGCCAUGAUAGGAAUCUCAAUAAUUGUUUUAGUCCUGUAGCAGCCAGUGUAGGGUUUUCUUUUUGUUUUCUUGUUUUGGGAUGUUAUGAAAUCUGCUCACUGCACUGUCUGUGACAUGGCUGACUGCCGGGACAUUCCUCGUGCCUUCAGAUGACUAAAAAUGAGACAUUUUAAUUUUGAAAGAAAUUCAUUAUAGAGAUCACAGGAUUGAACAACAAUGUGACUUCUAUUGUGGCUACUUUUAUGUUAUUCUGUACUUUUCUGUUUCUCUACUUUAUAUCAGCAUAUUUUCAAUAAUCAUUUACCCACAAACUGUGAACAAUGAUUUACAUAUUGUAAUCCCACCAGUCUGUAGAAGAAUAACCAUCUGUUUUGUUGCUAUUAAAAGAUAGGAAAAGGCAUUGUAACACUUUAGUUCAGCCACGAAUCCAGCACUUACUUAUAACCUCAAGUGGAGAGAAGCUCCUUGAGUAAAGGCUGCUUUGAUAUGUAGACUACUCUGAUGCCUUCGGCAGCUACUGUACUGUCACUCAGAAUGAUAAAGCCUAGUUUUUAAUUCAAAACGGUGCACAUAAAUCAUGUAUUUA